AUGAAUACGUACUACUGCUUCGUGCUGAAAUAUGGGAGGAGUUUCAGAAUGUUUUACAAUUGUUUUUUUUGUACAUUGGCUGAAAUGCCAGAUUUAAAUGAAGUUCAUACAAAAUAUUUUCAAAAAGAACUCGUUAUUGAUAAUGAAUGCAUCAGAUCAUCUGAGGAUUUGAAGGCUUCACAUCUAAAACAAAUAGAUAUCAAUGAGAAAUGUUCUGAAGUUAUAAGACAAUUUAAAAGAUAUAAGCAUGAUAUAUUUUCUAGUAUAAGAGAAAAUUCUCCUACUGUACUCUAUGAUUUUGUUUGGAGGAAUUAUUUUGAUGAUAUUAGAGUUUUUGAUCUAAGUAUGGAAACAAAUACUAAACCUAGCAUUAACUUUGGGGAUUUGUUAUUCUUUGAAAUAGUUAGAUGGUAUAUGCAACGACGAUUGAAUGUUCGUGAAUUAUUGGAAUCUAUGCAAGCUGAAGUAUUUGAUUAUUGUAAUGAAUUGCAAGCCAAAGUUGAACAACUAAAACUUGAGGAGCAACACGAAAAUGAAAAUGAAAAUGUGGAUCUAGAGAAUAUGGAUAUUCGUGAAUUGGACGAAGUACCAGAAACAUAUACAACUGUUAUGGAAAUUACAAUGCCUGAACAAGAAUCAGAAAGUGAAGAAGUUCGUAAGAAAAAACAAGAACAAUAUCAAAAGCUAAUGUCAUUAGAUCUAGAAGAAGCUUUAAAUAAGUUGAUUAUUAAAUCUGAUGAAAAAGACGAGAAAGAACUUGAACCAAUAUCAAUUGAAGAAAUCUUUGAAUAUGCAAAAUCAAAAGAAUUUGAAAUUUCUAAAGGAGAAACUCAAAUUACAAAUGAUCAAUGGGAAAAGAUAAUUUUACCAUAUCUUGAAAGAACAUUUCAAAAAAUUGAAUCUGAUCCAAAUUAUACCAUUGAUGAAUUCAUAUUACAAAAUGAUGAUGAUGAUAAUAAUACAAAAAUUACACCGGAUAGACAUGAUCAGAUUGCAAGAAAUUUCAUUAAAUAUAGAAAUCAAACCAUGUCUAAAGUAUCUUCAAAAUUGGUUGCUUCUGUAUUAUAUGAAUAUGUUAAGAAUUGUAUUUUUGAAAGAAUUAAAAAAUUCCCAUUACUAAAAUCAAAUGAAGAUAAUUUAGAUAUAAUUUAUGAACUUGGUAUUAAAUUUUAUGGUUGGUUGGCUAAUAGAGAAAGAAACGUUAAAGAAAAUAUAAGAAAACAAGAAUUGAAACUUCUUGAUAGAAUUACCCGUGAUGAAAAGAAGUUGAAAAAUAGACCUUUAAAUACAAGAAAGAGAAGUAUUAAUGGUAUUGAUAAUCAUGAUUCACUGAAGAGACAAAAGAAAUAA